UGAGGAGGAAAUUUUCAGCGCGCGAAAGGAGCAGCAGGAAGCGAGACGCAGCGAGAUCGACUGGGCUUGGCUCGAAAGUAAUCAGACGAAAUUCCGUAAUCCCUAAACAUCUACAAUAACAUGGCUGAUACAAAGGAUACGCAAGAGGAGCAUGAGACCUCAACAGAUAAUGCAGAUGAGACCAACCAUGAUCCCCACUUUGAGCCCAUUGUGUCACUUCCUGAGCAGGAUGUUAAAACACUAGAGGAGGAUGAGGAGGAACUCUUCAAAAUGCGGGCAAAGCUGUACCGGUUUGCAUCAGAGAAUGACCCCCCAGAGUGGAAGGAGAGGGGCACGGGGGAUGUCAAGCUCCUGCGACACAAGGAGAAAGGCACCAUCCGCCUGCUGAUGAGGAGAGACCGGACCCUCAAGAUCUGUGCCAACCACAAUAUUGUACCUUUGAUGGAGCUGAAGCCGAAUGCAGGUAGUGACAGAGCCUGGGUGUGGAACACGCAUGCCGACUUCGCCGACGAGCACCCCAAACCGGAACUGCUGGCCAUCCGCUUCCUCAAUGCAGAGAACGCACAGAAAUUCAAGGCAAAGUUUGAUGAAUGUAGAGAAGAAGUCAGAAAAUCUUUAGAGCGUUCAGCAGGCACCACUGACAGUGCAAAUAAAGUGGCAGAGAAACUGGAGGAGCUCUCUGUAAAAGAUGACAAGACCAAACCAUCGGAGGAGCAGAAAGAGGCUGAGUCUGAGAAGAAAGAGGAGAAGGCUGAAGAAAAGAAAUAAAAUUCAGGAAUUGCUUUCCUCUGAUCCUGUCAUUUUUCCCUUUUUUCUACAAUAGACUCUUCAGAAACUGAAUUUGGACUUUUGCAUUUUGUUUUUCUGUAAGUUUUUUUUUUUUUUUUAAUAUUGUUUGCCAUCUGAGAUCACAAGACCUUGGAGGCACUUCAGAGUAUCCAUUCCCCAGUCAUAAAAAUGUACUGUGCUUUUCUUUCCGCAAUUUUUUUUCCAUAGUGGAAACAAGUUGUCUGUAUUCUGGUCACCUGUAAGUUGAAGUACCUUAACAUGACACCGUACUGUGAAAUAAGCCUUGUGAUACUGAUAAUUCCCACAUUGGGUGACAAUUUUCUGUUCUUUUGUAGGAAAAGUUUGAGAAUCGGAGACUUAGUUUACUGGCGCUCGUUCCUUUGAGACUGCUGGUGAAUGCCUCAAGUUUGGAAGUUACAAAUUAUAGAGGAGAGUAUAGCGUUGCUUCACGGGGAUUCUCCGUGAUGUAGCAUCUGCCUUUAAAAUCUGGGCUUCACCAUGUUAUUCUUUAGUAACUGUUCGCUCUAGAUGACUUCGUAAAAGACUCAUUUGGAUUUAAGGCUCCGAAGGAACAUUAGUGUAGACCAACAGCCAUAUCUGUGGAACUCAGAACAUCCAGAUGACUGUUACUCAUGAAGGGCAUUGUAGGUUGCAUGCCACCCAAUAAAAACUAGACAACGGUUAAGUCUUGACAUUUAUCACAGCAGUUUAUCCUCUUGCAUAAGAGUCAGUUCUCAAGUUAAACUUGCUCCUGUUGCAAACAUACUCAAAGCUAAAGUCCAAGCAUUUGAAAAAGCUCUAAAGUGGGAUGGUGUAGAGGUAUGUACUUAGCCUGUCAGGUUUAAUAUUCCCAGCUGUAAAUAAAACACAUAGCUGAAGUGGUUUUCUUUUGAUGUACACUCAAAUUUAUUUGCUUAUGCAAGCAAUCAUUAGCCCCACCUCAUGGCAGAAAGUAUUAAUAAUGACCACUCGUUGUCUUGGCCAUUGUAUAGGAGGAAAACACCAUUUUAAAACUAAUAAAGUGUGAAUGUCCCUGCAUGCACAGAUAUUUCAGGUACAAGGUAGUAUGAAAUGUAAUGUGGAUCCUUCAUGCUUACUGCCAAAGCAGCUUUAAACUGGUUGUUGGUUACUCGCAAGUAGCGGGGGUGGUCAGAGGAACCAUGUGGAAGCUCAGUUUGAAUUAUUGCUACCUGUCUGAGUACUGUUCAUAGUUGAGGUUAUAGUAUGAUGCAUCCAACUAGUACAUUGGUGAUGAGCCUGAGAUGCUAAUCACAUGGCUAAGAAUAGAAUCAUACAGUACAUAUUUUAAUGUUUCUUGAAUUGAAUUAACACUUUCUGGCAUUCCCCAGUUUAGCUAGCACUUUCUGACAGUGUGAAGAUGGCACAUCAAGUUCCAUUGGCAAUUUGAUGAAGGAUUUGGUCCAGAAUGAUCUCACUUUUUAUAGUGGUAAAAUGUUACACAUUAUGUAAUAAGAUUGUGAACAAAUCAAAUUAAAGUAUGAUGCUCUCUGCCUUCAUGUGAUCUUUUCAAACUUGGCAGUGUAUUAAUUUUUACUGUUGGCAAAAUGCCAUGAAUGUUGAAAUUGUUAGAAGUCUGUUUUUGUCACAGCAGCGACCAGAAGUGUGGUUCUUGGCCAUAAGUUGAGUAUGUCAAAAAAUGGGAGCCUCCAAUAACACAACACAUAU